AUGGAUUUGAACUUUCAAAGUGAGUUUUUUCUUUUGUUGUGGAAAAAUUAGUUUUCGUUGGAAAAUGGAGAAAAACUGGACUGACAUUGAUCUCGGUGAAACUUUAAAGAAGCUAUCGAUUUUUUUUAAAAUUUUUUUGAAUUUUCAGGCUUUGAAAAUGUGAACUCGACGAACGAGCAGUCGGGCGGAUUCGGCGGUAAUAUCGGCGAUCGCAAUAAUGUGAGUUUGAAGAAUUUACUGCCCUGCGCGUCGCCGCCACCCUCUGUGGGCUUUCCGGCUGAUAUUUUGCGACGCCGUCGGAAAAAAGUUGAUUCACCUUUCCAUUUUUCUUUAUUAACGUGUUCAUGAUACCCAUUACUUGCAAAGAGCAACAAAAGAUUAACAAAAAAAAAGUGAGCAUCGAAAUCAUUCGUGCGAAAUCACUGCGUUUCCCAAUCCUCGUCCAUCUCUGACUUUAAUUAUUCUUACAGCUCGUCAGCGGAGCUUCGCCUGGGAAUCCGUCUUCCGGCGGCGUUUUCGACGACUCCCAAUCGACGACGUCGACCAGAAAAGGCAAUUUGUUCUCGUUCGAGUACUAUCAACAAUUUUUCGACGUCGAAACUGAUCAGGUGAAUCUAUUUUUUCAAUUUGUUUGGUUUAUUUCAAUUAUUUGAGGUUGUGAAGCGUCUGCUGAACAGUGUCGUUCCGACUCAUCGCAACUACAUCCAGGACUUUCUGCAGCCGAUUCCCGACCUAUGGGGUAUAGUAUUUAUCGCCUUUUUCCUUAAAAAUACCCUUUUUCAGGACCGUUCUGGGUCUCGGUGACCCUCGUUUUCGCCAUCGGAAUCUUUGGAAAUCUGGCCCAAUUCAUUGAGAGCAACGGAGGAAAAGGAUCGUACGGAUCGGAUUUCCGUAUGGGUGAGUACCAGGGCUGGAUUAGACUUUUACCCACUUGCAAUUAUCUUAUCGGACCCAAACUUUGCAGGCUUCUUGGACUUGGAUUGAAGUAUACUGGGACCGAGUUUCAGACCGAUCAGAUCAUCUGGUCCCGAGAUAUACGUGUUGCGGCCUUUUCGGCCUCUGAUCCACAUCUCGGGCCCAGAUGAUCUGAUCGGUCUGAAACUCGGUCCCAGUAUACUUCAAUCCAAGUCCAAGAAGCCUGCAAAGUUUGGGCCCUAUCACAUUGUUGCAAGUGGGUCAAAAGUGCAGGCCUCAAAACGUUUUUGGAUUUUCUGAAAGUUUCCAGUUUUUCUCAAUUUUUCCGAUUUCCAGUGACCUCCGCGUCGACGAUCAUCUUCCUGUACGUGGUCGUCGUGCCCCUUUUGCUCUACGGUCUUUUCUGGAAUCGUCGCAGUGAAAUGAUGCACCCGUACGUGGACCUCGUCUGUCUGUACGGCUACUCGCUCGCCAUCUUCAUUCCCGUCUCGUUCCUCUGGAUCAUUGAUAUCGGAUGGUUCCGUUGGGCGCUCAUCUUCAUUUCCGUCGGACUUUCCGGGACCGUCCUCGCGAGAGCCAUCUGGCCCGCCGUUCAGAAUGACACCAACAAAUUGGUAGGGAUAUUGCCCGUGAAUAAUAUUUGAUUUUCCCCGUUUAUUCAGGUUGCGUUCGGAACCGUCGUCACCGUCGUCGUGCUUCAUUUUCUGCUGGCCUUCACUUUUAAGGUUUUCUAUUUUGAUUCGAUGCACAAUGCGAUCCGUGUCCCCAUCUGAAAAACACACUUUUUUUUCCUCAUAUAAUUUACACAUGUUUGGGCUCUAUCCUUUCCACUAAUAAAUGCAUUUUAUCCCCGGAAAGCGUGCUUUUUUCAUGAAUUUCUCAUUGCAGGAAUUCUAUUUCGACGCGAUGCACCCGACGAAGACCGUAAUCCCGGAAGGCCCGGCCCAUUUCGAGGCGAGCACCAUCAGAAAUGCGAUUGGCGAGCUGGGAAAUGCGACGAACGCGCCGGAAGCAGCCAAUAUGAUUGCAAGCGUGAAUACGGUGCGUUUAAAAUUCGUGCCGUGUAGGCUAGGCCACGCCCCUUACUUCACCUUUGGUCGCCGUGGGCGCCGGAUGCCUUCAAAAAAUUGGAAAUGCUUGUGGAAUGCUAAUUUUAAUCAAUAAUUUCAGAAGACUGCAAUUCUCCCAUCCACAGCCACCACUACUACUAACCCGGCGAAAAUUGACAAAAGAGACUCUGCGGAAGUGGUAAAAUUCUCAUAUUUCUCAAUUCUUCAAUAAAAUUGGAACAUUUCAGACAGAAUCGGGAAAUAACGUCACCACGACGACGACGACGACGAAAUUGUCGAAAACGGCGACUUCUGAAGUCAAAAGUAGCGCUUUUCUUUCGAUUUGUAAGCAAAGUUUGACACUUCCAGACGAAAAACUCGAUUUGAAACCGACGACGAGCACCGAGAAAACGGAAUUGGCAACGCCGAAAAUUCCAGAAAAUUCGGGAAAUUCCACGGGAAAUUCGACCGAAAAGUCGCACUAA